AUGGCGGCGCGGCGAAGGAAGAGGAGUGACAGAGCAGCGGCAGACUCCUCCGAGGAGGAGUUUGCUGCUGCUGCCCAACAGGAUAGCAGCAGCAGCAGCAGCAGCAGCAGCGAGGACGAGCUGCCUGCAGCAAAACCUAAAAGCAAAUUUGUACCUCUGUCAUCCAGCAGCAGCAGCAGCAGCAGCAGCAGCGACAGUGGCAGCGCCGACAGCAGCAGCAGCAGCAGCGAGGAAAGUGAUGCUUCUGACGAGGAAGCAGCACCAGCCAAAGUAGCUGCUGCUCCCUCUCCGAAGCCAGCAGCAGCAGCAGCAGCUGCUGCUGCAAAGCCUGCAGCAGCAGCUGCAAAGCCUGCAGCAGCUGCUGCGAAACCUGCUGCAGCAGCAGCAGGAAAAAAAGGAAAGAAAUCCCCGCAGGUGAGCAGCACCAGCAGCAGCAGCAGAACUUUUGCAGCAGCAGCUUCAGCUUCACCAGUAGCAGCACCGAGCAGCAGCAGCAGCAGCAGCAGCAGCAGCAGCAGCAGCAGCAGCAGCAGGGUUUAUGUACAGGUGGAUGAGGAUAUCGACGAGCUGCUGGCGGAAAUUGAGAGUCCCUCACCUCCCAAAGCAGCAGCAAAAGCAGCAGCAAAAGCAGCAGCAGCAAAACCAGCAGCAAAGGCAGCAGCAAAGGCAGCAGCAAAGGCAGCUGCCAAGGGGGCAGCAGCAAAGGGGGCAGCAGCAAAGGCAGCAGCAGCAGCAGAUGAAGAUGAUAUAGACAAACUGCUGCAAGACAUAGAAGGAACCCCCUCUCCAAAGCCCGCAGCAGCAGCAGCAGCAGCAGCAGCAGAAAGCCCCGCCUCAGGCGCAGCAGCAGAAGAUGCAGCAGCAGCAGCAGAUGACGCAGCAGCAGCAGCAGCAGCGGGGAGCAGCCAGGCAGCUCAGGGCAAACUCAGCAGAGCAGCGCAGCGGCGACAAAAGAAGAAGCAGCAGCAGCAGCAGCAGCAGCACAAGGACUCUUCAUCAUCUGAAGGGGAGACACGAGCAGCAGCAGCAGCAGCAGCAAAGAAGGGUCCCGUGUCUGCUGCAGUGAGAGCAGCGCAGCAGCGGCUGCUGCUGCUGCAGGAGCAGCAGAAGCGGCAGCAAGAGGAAGAAGAGCGCCAACGCAGAGAAGAGGAAGAGCUGCGCAGAAAGGAGGAAGAGGAAGCCAAGAGGAAAGCAGCAGAAAGGGAGUUGAGGGCGAAGGCAAAAGCAGAAAGAAAAAGCAAAUUAAAAGCAGAAGGAAAGUUGCUGACAGCAAAAGAGCAGCAGCGGCAGAAGAAGCAGCAGCAGUACCUGCAGCAGCUGCAGCAGCAGGGGCUGGUGCCUGCUGCGUUGUCUCCCGCUGCUGCUGCUGCUGCUGCAGCAGCAGCAGCAGGCACCCCCGAGGCGGUCUCCCCGCCCAGCAGCAGCAGCAGCAGCAAAGCUGCAGCAGACAGAGAACGCAAGAAAAGGGAGCGGGAGCGGCGGCUGCUGCAGCAGCAGCAAAAGGAAGCAGCAGCAGCAGCAGCAGAAGAAGAAAGACUUCGCAAACUCAAGAAGGAACUCGAAAUGCUGCAGCAGCAAGAGUCGCCCAGCAGCAACAAAGGAGGAGAGACAACUGCCGCAGCUGCUGCAGCAACUGCCACAGCAGCUGCAGCAACUGCCAUAGCUGCUGCAGCAACUGCCAUAGCAGCUGCAGCAGCAGCUGCAGCAGCAGCUGCAGCAGUUACAGCAACAGUUCUAGCAGCAGCAGCAGCAGCAGCAGCAGCAGCAGGCAUGCGUGUGCUGCUCGCAGCUGCUGUUGAUGACUGGGAGGCUCUGCUGGACGAAGUGGAAUCGCCGAAGACCCCGAGAGCAGCAGCAGCAGCAGCAGGUGCAGCAGCAGGCGCAGCAGCAGCAGCAGCAGCAGCAGCAGCAGGGGAAAAGAAGAAGUCGCAGCACGUGGGAGAGGUUCGCAGAAGAGCAGCAAUGGAGCAGGCGCUGCAGCAGGCGAAGGAGGAGCAGGAAGCAGCAGCAGCAGCAAGAGCAGCAGCAGCAGCACAGAAAGCAGCAACGCCGGAAGCAGAACAAGCAGCAGCAGCAGCACCAGCAGCAGAAAUUGUUCCCCGCAAGAACAUCAAGGAAACAACCUCGCUGCGGUCUCCCAUCUGCUGCAUCUUGGGACACGUGGACACAGGGUUUUGGCGGUCUGCGGCGUCUCUCACAAACGACUGUUGCGCCGGUCCUUCGCCUCGAACAGCAUCAUUUACAAGGGAAGACGAAGCUGCUGGACAAGCUGCGGCGGACAAAUGUGCAGCUGGGAGAGGCCGGCGGAAUUACGCAGCAAAUCGGCGCCACUUUUUUCCCCAAGGAGUCUUUGAUGGAGCAGUGCAACAAAGUCAGCAGCAGCAGCAGCAGCAGCAGCAGCAGCAGCAGCAGCAGCAGAGGUAG